AUGAGCGUGGCCCUUUGGAUGGAUCUGGAGGAAAUAUUCUCGCUGCCGUUCGGCGUGGGGGAAAAGAUGAAGGACGCAGCUGAUGCCAUUCCCCGUGCGCGCCAAGGGGAUAACCAGGAGUACUUCUUGCCACCAAUUGCUCGCCCAAAGGUUCCCGCACGACACUACUUUGUCUUCGGGCCAGCGAUCGACACUUCUCUCGUUGACGAAAAGGAUCGCGGAACAUGUCAAGCGGCCUAUGAGCUGACGAAGUCGUGUGUGCGGGAAGGGAUAAGUUUGCUGCUUGAAUCUCGAAAACAAGACCCGUACAGAGAUGGCGCCAAGAGAUGGUUGUACGAGAGUGUCAUGAAGACGCAGGUGAUGCACAUGGUCGACUGUUGCUGCUUAGUCCUGUGUAUAACAAUGCAUGUAUGA